UCAAAAUCCUUCGUCCAAGCGCUGGUGCCUGUAUGAGGGUCUAGUUUUAAACAAAGUCAUAAUGCAAAUUUUAUUGACAGAUCUCGUCGGAGGAGCAAGCCUAAAGAAAAGGAAGGAAGAAACGCAAAUUUUAGGCCUGUUUUUUGUAGCUUUUGUAAAGGCCCAGUCACACUCGUCAAACACGCGUUUGAACGCAACUUUCGACCAAUAACACAAGGUGAAUUCUAUGUUGCGUUGCACUACUGGCCGACAGUUCACGUUCGAACGCGCGUUUGGGGUAUGUGACUGGGCCCCAAGUGGUUUGCAGCACUGUAGGUGUGUUCGAAAAUCAGUCCAGAGCCCUGAGAGCAUCGUUGUAUCUCGAUCAAAUGCAUUCGAUAAACAGAGAAACAACGAUAUUCUUAUUGCUUUCGGCUCAUUUUCAAACAUAUUUAUAAUUCUCUGAAGCACAUAAAGAUACCUUCCCACAUCGAACGGAACAGAUUUCAAAAACGCUAAAAAGAAUACAUCCUGUAGGAUACGUUUCAAAAUUUAUUGUCAGUACUUGGAGUAUUCAUCAUCUCUCUGUCUAUCUGCAUGCAACAUUGAGACGCAAAAAUUCGCGUAAUAUUGACAGUGAAUUUGAGAAUCUACCUUUAGUUAAAAUGUGACGUUAGAUCCUAAGCGUCGCUACUAGCUUGCACUUUUAAAUUUGAAUACUAUCACUGAUAACGAUAUUUGAACAAAAUAAAUUAGUCACUGCUUCCACUGAACAGAGUCUUAUUAUUGGCAGUAUCGUCUCGGCACUGGAAUGCUGUUCGAGAAAGUUCGAGAAAAAGCUCGCCGUCGAAUUAUAUUAAAAAUAGAAGAACCAUGUAUGAAGCACACGUUGACAUUAAUAUUAAAAGCAUGUGGCAUAUACCCAUGAAACGAUACUGUUCUCGAGGACGUGGUACAGACUGGAUUGCAGGUUGCGACAGAAUUACGAAUUGAUCGAAGACCAUGGUAGAACAAUUCCCUUAUGAAUAGUAAUGUGAAAACCUAUUCCAUUUUUCUGUUCGCAAAUGUCACAUUUCUUAUAGAAUAAUGGUGGAACGAGACUUUAUGAAACGAGCUGAAGCAUUACUUAUUCCUGAGAAUAAUGAUCAGUUCAAUUGUAUGUGAUUCGGUAUCUGUACUCACCUAUAAUGUAUUAUCGACAUCAAUGAUUUCUCGGCGAAGCUCUCAGUUGCGAUAGGCUCGUACUGUCAGAAAGACUUUUUACAAAAAAAGCAACGGUCGAUCCUACCUUACUUAAAAGUAGAAUCGUCAUAUUGCAUUGCUGCACUUUAAACCAUUGCGAUGACGGUACAUAGUCUGUCACCAACUGGAAAUUGCAAAGGCCUUAAGGAAGGUCAAGCCUCUUACUCCUGGUGCGUUCGCAAUUUGCGCACAUUAAUGGUCUUCACGGGAAUCUGGCCGAUGGAACCGCCAACGCUUCUUUUGAACGUGUCUUAUUAUUACAACGCAACAACGUUCACCCUUGUCAUUUGCGGAAUGAUGGCCGGCGCUAUCAGUGUGAUGGACAACUACGAUCUGCUCGUGGACAAUCUCAGUAUAAAUCUGAUAUUUACCGAAAUCUUCAUAAAGUGCAUUCUGAUAAAGAUUUAUUCGAAACCACUCUCAAGAGUACUGUCGCUCAUGAAAUUCGAUUGGAUAAGUCUAAAGGGAAGGGGUCCCAUUCACGGAGACGUACUUCAAAGCGAGAAUAUUAUGCUCUUGCAUGCCAAUAUUCCAAGGAUAUUUUUCAUCGCCUACACCGCCCUCGCACUUGUGGCUUGGACCGCUACAGUGGUGGCGGCUGUUUCCAGAAAAAGUUCAAAAAUGCAAAUAGAUGCGAGUAAUGCAUUUCCGAUGCCCUCUUGGUAUCCGUUCGAGAUGCACUCUACUCCAAAUUACGAAAUGCUACUUACGUUUCAAGUGAUAAUAGGAUGUUCAAUAGCAGUGAGUAGUGCAGCAGUGGACAGUCUACUCGUGACUGCAGUUUUCCACGUUUGCGGUCAAUUGGAGAUUUUACGAAAAUAUUUUGAAAAUUUACAUUCAUCGGAAACGGCGCUGGAGGAAACUGAGAAGAAGGUGGCUGCUGCGAUCAAGAGACAUUCGAAACUGAUCGAUUUGUGCGACCUGAUCGAGGAUUGUUAUAGCCAAAUAACUCUUAGUCAACUCCUAGUAGCCAGCUUGAACGUUUGUCUAUCAGGAUUUGGAUUACUAUUAGCUAUAGAAUCGGGUAAUAUUAAAGUAUUUCUCAAGUUUCUACUCCUCCUAAUUGCGAUGCUUCAACAGAUACUCAUAUAUUCUGUUACUGGGGAUUAUUUGUCAUCUAAGAGUACAGCCAUUCGAAGUGCCAUAUACAAAAUGAAAUGGUACGAGUUGCCACCUUCGCUAAGUAAAGCCCUAAUGUUAAUCGCGAUUAGGGCAGAACGGCCGUUGGUCGUUACAGCUGGAAAAUUUUUUCCUAUGUCUUUGGAGAACUUCACGCAAAUAAUAAAAACGGCAGCAUCGUACCUGUCGGUGAUGUGGGCUGUUCACAAGAAGUAAAUAAUUUACAAAGUAAAAAAGAGAUGUAUCUCGUAUACGUAUCGUACCUUCGCUAUUACGAUAGUAGUAAAUAUUACAGUGACCAGAGGAUAUUACUUUGAAAAGGGAUAAUCUGGUCUCUGUAGGUGAAUCAAUUGACUGGGAGUAUGGAUUACAAAAUAUAUUAUAAAUACUCUUUUUUUUUUGGAGUGAGGGAUAGCUCGUUAAUUAGAAUGGUACUUUCGUUGUUAUAUUUAUAAUAAGAUAAUAAGAUUAUACAAUGACACUCUACAAGUUAGUUUUGAUAAAAAAAAGGGGAGAGAAAA